AUGCUGAUCCGGCAGCCGAACAAAAAUUCAUCAGAAUUACCAGAAUCACCACCUGCAGUCACGCUCCAUCGAGUCAAAGUGGCGCUCCCCGCGGCCGUCGUCAUUCUGUUACUUGCGUCAGGACACGGCACAAAGUUCGAAGGCAGCUAUGGCGAGGGAGCCGACUUUGGACCGUGGAGAGUGCCUCUUUCGCGUCAAUACCAUCUCUCGGGCCCCAACAUCUCGGCCCAGUACCCAGGAUCCGACCCCAUUUACGGGUGGUCGUGGACCGUGUCCGUCGUUGCAGACAUUCCUCUGUCCGAGGCCAACUCGACCCGCGCCGACCCCUACCCCAAGCAGACCUUUACUGGGAGCCGCGUGGUGCUUCAAGCGCCAACCGGGCCCACGUCGGCGGUGCACGACUCGUGGUUUGUCUGCGUUAUACACUGGGAUAUGGACCUCUUCGACUACCCGGCCAAGCUCCGAGCGGACGAUGGCAGCUGCUCGACCGUGCUCAGUGAGCAGUGCAUCCGCGACAUUGAGGCGAGGGCGGUGGAAGAGUACAGAGCGGCCAGCCCCAACCCGUCCCGAUGCCCCUCGCUUGCCGAGAUCGCAUCGUGCGAAGGUGAACAGGCGAAUACCCUGACAUUGGGAGGAUCGUUCGGUGCUCGGUGGGUUGAUGCAACCGCCAUCCGCAACUGGCCGGACGGCAAAUUCAAUGUCCGUCGGUUCGGCGGACCAUCGCACGAGGGGGGGAAUCUCACAGCGUAUGACGAAACGGGCAGUUUGGCCUGGCCCGUGUUGGCCAUGUGGGUUCCUUCGGCAAACACCAGGAACAGCACGGGUUUCAGAUCCCUCGGGCAUCGCAGCAGAAUUGUCUUGUGUCAGGGCCAAGGAUGCUACUCUGGGGAGCGUAACGCCAGGAAGUGGCACCGCCAGUGCUGACAACAGAGGGGUGGUUUUAUCAUCCGCCAUCCUGGCCGCAAGCGUCUUGUGCGUAAGAAGUUUUACUGCACUAUUAUUGUGAGCACGUAAGGAUGAAGGAACGCUUGACAGAAAAGGAACCUGGAAGCCGGGGUUGAUGAGUUGUCCGUUCUAAUGGCUUGAAGGCUGGGGUACAUGUAUAGUAUCUUCCUGUUGUUCUUCCUUGCCCUCACCUACUGCCAAUUCUGACUGCUAUGCUGCGUAUUGCCCUC